AUGGCCAAGUGUGGGCGGUGGGGCGAGCUUUUAGUUCCUGCCGUGUCCACAGCCCUUCCGCUGGCCACCAGUCCCAGCCAGCUUGCGUGUCACCUGGACAGUUCGCCAACACCUUCCCCGCUCUCCUGCGUCCUGCACUUUCCUCUGCGGAAGCGCCUGGAUUCGUGCCCCAGCUACUGCCCUGCAGCCCUGGUCCAGACUGGGCCCCUCACGCCACGGGCAUGGCUUUCUCCAUACAACUCCUGGGCUGACCGGAGGCCACUCCCAGACUCGGCCGGCUUUCCCAGACCUGCCCCUUGGGCCCAGGGCAGUCCCUGUGGCCGGACAGACGUGUCCUCGCUGGCAAGUCCCUGCUCCGGCUGGCAGCAGCUGGCCGCCGCACACGGCCCGGAUGUGGGGUGCCUUGGCUGGGGAUGGGUGCACAUCCCGGGGCCUCUGGGAGUCCCGCCGAGCAGAGACUGUGCCCUGAGCUCUGCCACCCUGCGCCAGCCAGCUGUCCUCAAGUCCACACUCACUGCCUCCACAGGGCAGGAGGACCGGCGGCCCCCAGGGAUUUGCAGCUACCCCUCAGCAGGACGGCUGCAGCGAGGAGGCAAAGAGGGGCUGGCCCAGGAACUGGGGGACUGGGCCCCUGCUCAUGGUAGUGUGGGGAUGGUCCCACUCUUCUGGCCAGCGUGCCGAAUCUGUCCCCCAGCUGCUCUGGAAGAGGCCCCGGGACCUGAGCCCGACCCGCAGGAGCAGCUGGUCUUCGGCAGCGGGGACACUGUGGAGCUGAGCUGCCGCCUGCCCGCUGGCGGUCCCCCGGGGCCCAGCAUCUGGGUCAAGGACGGGGUGGGGCUGGUGCCCUCGGACCGCAUCCUGGUGGGGCCCCAGCGGCUCCAGGUGCUGAACGCCUCCCAGGAGGACGCGGGCGCCUACAGCUGCCGCCAGCGGCUUACUCAGCGCGUGCUGUGCCGCUUCCGCGUGCGGGUGGCAGAUGCCCCGUCCUCUGGAGACGAUGAAGACGGGGAGGACGAGGCGGAGGACACAGGGGCCCCUUACUGGACGCGGCCCGAGCGGAUGGACAAGAAGCUGCUGGCCGUGCCGGCGGCCAACACCGUCCGAUUCCGCUGCCCGGCCGCCGGCAACCCCACUCCGUCCAUCUCCUGGCUGAAGAACGGCAAGGAGUUCCGGGGGGAGCACCGCAUCGGGGGCAUCAAGCUGCGGCACCAGCAGUGGAGCCUGGUCAUGGAGAGCGUGGUGCCGUCGGACCGCGGCAACUACACGUGCGUCGUGGAGAACAAGUUCGGCAGCAUCCGGCAGACGUACACCCUGGACGUGCUAGAGCGCUCUCCGCACCGGCCCAUCCUGCAGGCGGGGCUGCCGGCCAACCAGACUGCGGUGCUGGGCAGCGACGUGGAGUUCCACUGCAAGGUGUACAGUGACGCGCAGCCUCACAUCCAGUGGCUCAAGCACGUGGAGGUGAACGGCAGCAAAGUGGGGCCCGAUGGCACCCCCUACGUCACCGUGCUCAAGACGGCGGGCGCUAACAGCACCGACAAGGAGCUAGAGGUUCUGUCCUUGCGCAAUGUCACCUUUGAGGACGCGGGGGAGUACACGUGUCUGGCGGGCAAUUCUAUCGGGUUUUCCCAUCACUCUGCGUGGCUGGUGGUGCUGCCAGCCCCGGAGGAGCUGGCGGAGGCCGGCGAGGCUGGCCGCGUGUACGCAGGCGUCCUCAGCUACGGGGUGGGCUUCCUGCUCUUCAUCCUGGUGGUGGCUGCCGUGACGCUGUGCCGCCUGCACAGCCCCCCGAAGAAGGGCCUGGGCUCGCCCGCCGUGCACAAGGUCUCCCGCUUUCCGCUCAAGCGACAGGUGUCCUUGGAGUCCAACUCGUCCAUGAACUCCAACACGCCACUGGUACGAAUCGCCCGGCUAUCUUCUGGGGAGGGCCCUGCGCUGGCCAACGUCUCCGAGCUGGAGCUGCCCGCCGACCCCAAGUGGGAGCUGUCCAGGGCCCGGCUGACCCUGGGCAAGCCUCUGGGGGAAGGCUGCUUUGGCCAGGUGGUCAUGGCAGAGGCCAUCGGCAUUGACAAGGACCGGGCCGCCAAGCCUGUCACUGUGGCCGUGAAGAUGCUGAAAGAUGAUGCCACGGACAAGGACCUCUCGGACCUGGUGUCAGAGAUGGAGAUGAUGAAGAUGAUCGGCAGGCACAAGAACAUCAUCAACCUGCUGGGGGCCUGCACGCAGGGCGGGCCCCUGUACGUGCUGGUGGAGUACGCGGCCAAGGGCAACCUGCGGGAGUACCUGCGGGCGCGGCGGCCACCGGGCAUGGACUACUCCUUCGACGCCUGCAAGCCGCCCGAGGAGCAGCUCACCUGCAAGGACCUGGUGUCCUGCGCCUACCAGGUGGCGCGCGGCAUGGAGUACCUGGCCUCCCAGAAGUGCAUCCACAGGGACCUGGCGGCCCGCAACGUGCUGGUGACCGAGGACAACGUGAUGAAGAUCGCGGACUUCGGCCUGGCCCGUGACGUGCACAACCUUGACUACUACAAGAAGACCACCAAUGGCCGGCUGCCCGUGAAGUGGAUGGCACCAGAGGCCUUGUUCGACCGGGUCUACACCCACCAGAGUGAUGUCUGGUCCUUCGGGGUCCUGCUGUGGGAGAUCUUCACCCUGGGGGGCUCACCGUACCCCGGCAUCCCCGUGGAGGAGCUCUUCAAGCUGCUGAAAGAGGGCCACCGCAUGGACAAGCCGGCCAACUGCACGCACGACCUGUACAUGAUCAUGCGGGAGUGCUGGCACGCGGCGCCCUCGCAGAGGCCCACCUUCAAGCAGCUGGUGGAGGACCUGGACCGCAUCCUCACGGUCACUGCCACCGACGAGUACCUGGACCUGUCAGCGCCCUUCGAGCAGUACUCGCCGGGCGGCCGGGACACCCCCAGCUCCAGCUCCUCGGGGGACGACUCUGUGUUUGCCCACGACCUGCUGCCUCCAGCCCCUCCCGGCAGCGGGGGCCCUGGAACAUGAAGGGCUGCUGCCCGAAGGCCGAGCCCCUGCCAAUGUGAGAGCAGACCGCUGCUCCCCUGCCGCUGGAGGCGUGCUGCCGACCCCUGGGGCCUGCUGGCCUGGGCCUUGAACCUGGGCCUGGGGGGGAGGGGGGCGGCCACACAGACGGCGUUGCAUGUGUGUGUGUGUGUGUGUGUGUGUGUGUGUGUGUGUGUGUGCGCACGCGCAUGCAUGCAGCUGUGAGCAAGUCUCGAGGCCCCUGGUGCAGGGUCCCUGGGGUGCCCGCCCUGCUGUACAAUGACCUCCUUGCCACGUGUGCUGGCAGCACUAGGGGGACCAAAUGUAGAAUGUAGAGGGGCUCCCCCUCCAGGAGCACUGGGGGGCUGGCCGAGCUCUGGCACCCAUCGUGGACCGAGGCCCCUUCGGGGGCCCACGCUGAGCCUGCAGGGAGCCCCCUGUGGCGCCCCUCCCACUGAAGCGGCACCUUGGGUCUGGGGGUGAGUGCUAGCACACAGCUCCCCCCCCAGGCCUCCCCCCUCCCACCCUUCUCCUCGGAGACUGAAUUACGGGUACCUGAAGGCAGGAGGCUCUAACUUCUGGCCGAGAGGUUGGUUCCAGACAUGAGUGUACAUGUAUAUGGUAGAUGCCGUGUAGGACGCACAGGCACGUGUAUGUAUCGAUGUCUGCAGGGAAGGAGGGGCUGGUCUGCCGGCCCGGGGCCCUGAGGGCGCAGGAGGCUCCUCGGGGUCUUCGAAAACUGGCAGAAGAUGGAGAGGCUUUCCUGGCACCGCAGUUUUGUUUUAAAAAAUGUAUAUUUGUAAAGCUAUUUAUCGACCCCCAGGAUCCCCCCCGCCCCACGCUCAGAGUAUGUAGCCGGCCGCCUGGCAGAGGUUUUCGUUCUAACUUAUUAACAGCCAAGAAGGUUCACCCUUCAUGUAGGGGGCUCGCUGAGGGCUUCACCCCAAAGCCCAGUCGGGUCCCUUGCACCCUGAAGGGUCCUUAAUAGUUUGAGGUGAUUCUAGUGAGGAUAUUUCAUUUCCUUUAGCCUUCUUUCCCAGGGGAAUUAGAUUUCUGUAGGGUUUUUCUUUAGGAGAUGUAUUUUUUUUGGGACUUCAGAGCAAGCUGGUAUUUUCCUAAGAGUUCUAAUUGCCAUGUGUCAUGAGUGGGGGGGCAGUUUCGGGGGGGCCGACCCUGCACGCAGGCUCAGAUGUUAUCAGACGUUACACGUUUAUAUAUAUAUAUAUAUAAUUUAUUGAGUUUUUACAAGACGCAUUUGCUGUAGAUUUAACAUUUCUUACGCAAUGCUUCUAGACUUUUAGAGCCCAGACUGCUACCUUUCAAAGCUUGGGAGAGAAAGCGGUGAAUUCAGUGUUGUUACUUUGUGUGCUGUUAACGGCCCGGAUCUGGACGGCUGUCUUGCUCACUGGCUGGCCAGCCGGGCAGCGGCCCAGGGCGGUCUUUGCUCUCAGGCCCCCUCUCCUGGGGCCAGAGUGUCGGCCCAGGCCAGCAGACGUGCUUUCCAAAAAAUAAAUGGAGUCAGCUGGCUCACAUUCUUGC